AUGGCUGCUGGAAGGUUACUGCUGUAUGCCGGCCUCUCUUUAGCUCUGUGUGCCCUGGGCAUGCUGGCUGUGGCAAUCUGCUCCGACCAUUGGUACGAAACUGAUGCCAGGAAGCACAGAGAGAGGUGCAAGAGCAUCACCACUAAGAGAAAUGAUCCUGGCUUCAUUUAUAACUCCAACAACAACCUGCCUCUCAGGGCCAGCAGGUCUAGGUUGGACCGCUGGGAAGGGAAACUCCUCUUGGCAAGAAACAGGAGGCAGAUCUUUGCUAUGAGCGCAGUCGACGAGUGCAACAGACAGUACAACUCGACCAACAUGGGGCUCUGGAGGAAAUGCCACCGACAAGGAUUCGACCAAGAGCUGGAGGAGCUGAUUGCCAAAG